CCCGCGCGGUCACAUGACCGGGCGGGCGGAAGAUGGCGGAGCCGCCGGGCGGGGGCGAGGACCCGUGGGGGAAGGUGGACGCGGCCUACGGCGACAAUGGCCUGGACUCCGCGCUCUUCAUGGAGAACGCCCGGAAAAGCAGCAUAGUGUCCCGGGCCAACAGCAUCGGCUCUACCAGCGCCUCCUCUGUCCCCAACACAGACGAUGAGGACAGUGACUACCACCAGGAGCCCUACAAGGAGUCGUACAAGGACCGGCGCCGCCGCGCACACACCCAGGCUGAGCAGAAGCGCCGUGAUGCCAUCAAGAAAGGCUACGAUGACCUGCAGGCCAUCGUCCCCACCUGCGAGCAGCAGGAUUUCUCUAUCGGCUCCCAGAAGCUGAGCAAGGCCAUUGUCCUCCAGAAAACCAUUGACUACAUCCAGUUCCUGCACAAGGAAAAGAAGAAGCAGGAGGAGGAAGUUUCUACCCUCAGGAAAGAUGUGAUGGCCUUGAAGAUCAUGAAAGUGAACUAUGAGCAGAUUGUGAAAGCUCAUCAAGACAACCCAAAUGAAGGGAAGGACCAGGUCUCUGAUGAAGUGAAAUUCAAUGUUUUCCAAGGCAUCAUGGAUUCCCUGUUCCAGUCCUUCAAUGCCUCCAUCUCUGUAACAAGUUUCCAGGAGCUCUCAGCGUGUGUGUUCAGCUGGAUCGAGGAGCACUGCAAGCCCCAGACACUGCGGGACGUUGUCAUCGGGGUUCUGCACCAGGUGAAGAGUCAGCUCUACUGAGCCUCCUCCGCUGCCUCUGUGCCUGUGGGGACAGGGCACCUCCUGCCUAGGGGCCUGGGGGACAGGCACCCUCCUGGACCCUCGCCCUCGUGGCUGUUUUUGAGCUUUUCUGAAUUAUUUAUUGUAUUCCCUCCGAAGCCCAACGGUGGCCGUGCAGACACAGCUGCUCUGCUCGGUGUUACCGAGUCUUGGUAGGGACUGGGCAAGAGGGGAGGCAAAGGGAAUGUGGAGCAGAGGAGUGAGGGCAGAGUCUGUGGCUCAGGCAGUGCUGUGAGGUUGCCUGUGCCACCGACUCUCCCUGCAGAGCUGACCCUGGAGCAGCUCUGCUCUGUGCCCUCAGGCCUCUGACAGCCCCGCUGACCCCGGCUGGGGAAAUGCGAUGAAUGUGUGCUAAAAAUGAUGGGUUUCUGGUGAAACAGUAGGAAUAGAUUCUCCCCAACUUCUGGACUGUCUCCCCCCUCCCUCUGAAGCAGCUGUUUUGAGGCAGAUGUGUUCUGGGAGAGCCUGUCAGUGCUGGCAGCAGGAUGAGCCCCUCAGUGCCAGGGUGCUCCUGCAGCUGUGGGUUCCCUGGUAGGGACACAGGAAGUUCCUGCAAGCGCUGGACUGUAUCCAGCUCCCUCUCGGGUUGGCUGUGGCUGUGCUGCACAGAAUGUUCUGCAGCUGCAGCACAAUGUGGCCACAUGCACUUGCCGCCCCUCCUUAGAAUUUUUAAACACACAUCCAUGACCAGCCUUGAUUUGAUUUUUAUUUUUGUAAAUCACUGAAAUGGUCCUGGAGUGCUGCCAGUGCCAGCUGUGCAGGCAGCUGCUCUCAGGGACACCUCUGCCCCUGUCUCACGCCCAGUUUGGGUCACAGCUCUGCCCAGCUGAUGGUUGGUCAUUGCCCAGGGUAAUGGGAUAGUGGGAUUUGUUCUCUGUAACCAUGUUUGUGCUCCUGCUCCAGGGGCACAGCCAGGGAGUGUUUAUUUCAGGCUGUUUUGUUCCCAGAGCUGAGGAGGGAGUGUUGCUUCCUGCCUUGGGAGGAGGAUGAGAAGUUUUACAGACCUCACACAUGAAAGUGAUGUAUUUUUCUAUUGAGAAAAGUAAUUAAAUAUUGCUGAAUGUUUUA